AGCAUGGCCCGAGGGCUUCUCCAUUGUUGUCAGCAUCCUCGACUCGUGCCUUGAUAGUGACGGAGACCAAGCUACAUGUUCAUCAUCUCUUGACUGCUCAAACCAAUCAGGAAUACACCAAACUCACAGCCAUGAACCAACCACCGAAACGCAUCGACGAGAUACAAUGCGAGAUCAAGGGACGAGUAGCGAUUGUAAGAAUCAACCAACCAAAGAAGCUCGGAGCUCUCUCACAGGACUUAUUCUUCAACCUCGCUCAAUGGCUGAGAUACAUCGACGGUCUUAACGAUGUCUUCAUCACCGUGCUCACGGGUACUGGACGAUUCUUCAGCGCGGGUGCCGAUGUUUCGACUGCGGGACGAGACGAAGGUCCCAAGGACGAACAAUACAAGAGACUCCUUCAGACAUUUGCCGUGUACAACAUGAAUCUCACACAAGCCUUCUAUAGCCAUCGUAAGAUCCUCGUAGCCGCGCUCAAUGGACCGGUAGUCGGAAUCGCUGCGGCCGUCGUCUCGCUGGCCGACUUCAUCUACGCUGCGCCUCAUGCGUACCUGCUCUGCCCCUUCACUUCGCUCGGAUUGGUUUCGGAAGGCCUCGCUUGCCGCGCGAUGGUGAACAGACUAGGCCCUGCUCGAGGGGCCGAAGCAUUGCUGAUGUCAAAGAGGAUAUCAUGUGAAGAGCUGGUUCAAUGUGGCUAUGUCAACAAAGUGUUUGAUGUGAAGAAGGAAGAAAGUGACAAAUUCCUCCAGCUGGUGCUGGAAGAAGUGGAUAACAGGUUGGGCGAGCAUUUGGUUCCGGACUCGUUGCUCCGGAUCAAGGCCCUAAUGAAGGCACCCGAGAAGGAUGUUUACGAUUCGUUAGCUGUGAAGGAGAUCUUCUCUGGAAUGGAAGUGUUCAUGAAAGGCGUCCCUCAGGCUGAAUUCAGGAAGAUUGCAAGUGGGCAAAAGAAACAUAAGCUGUAGUCGCAUUUCGAAUACCAGCUCACCUCAGCCUGUCACAUGUGACAAAGGCCAG